GAAAACUGUAAUUUUUUUUUUUGAUAAACUAGAAAUCUGUAAUUUCUCAGAAAAAACUGCUCUCUUGUCGUUGAAUCAUGGUCGUCCCUGUCCCUACAUCUGACGAUGGGUUUUACGCGAUUAACAACCAGUUUCUGGCAGAUGGGCCAAAAGGAUUCACCGAGUUCAAGAUGGUUGAGAACGAGGAGAUGUUCAUUCGGAUUGACCUUCCCGGCGUUCCGGACGACGGCGUGAGGGUUACGAUUGAUCCGACGAGGAAAACUGUGUCUAUCUCCGCCAAAGCACCGAAGGAGCACAAACACGACUCCUCUCCUCGGAUCUACGUCACCGCUACAGGGCUCGUCUGCAAAUGCUGCUCAAUCUCCAACUUCACCUCCCACAUGUGUGACGGCGUUCUCAGGCUUCUCCUCUUCAAGAGACAGAGCACUUCAAAUCGCUCUUCCUCCAUCUCGUUUCUUGGUGGCCCAGAUUUCCGAGAUGAUCUUCGUAGCUAUGGUCCUCACAAAUUUCCGCAUGCCUCGGACCCCUUUGACCCGACGUUAACGGGUCGGGUGUUGAAGCCACACCCAUGUGUGCUUCAAGGAUCGGAGAUGGCCUAUGAGUCGAAGAAGCUCCAAAACGGCAGCCUAUACGUGCGUGUAGACAUGCCAGGCGUUCCCAAAGACAGGUUCACCAUCUCCGUUACGAACGGGAGAGUGAUGGUGACUGGUGAAGCUCCUGCCGUUAGCCACGACUCAGGUGGUCGGUUCUAUUCUGGCGACGUGGCUAUGCUUGAUACUCUUAUCAGCAUCCCUAGCCGUCGGAUCAAAACCAUCGCCAAGAACGGUGUGAUUCGUUUGAUAAUCCCUCCCGUUUGAUUUGAUGAUCGAUGUUGUGUUUCUUGACGAAGCCCUAAUUCUGUUUCUUAUUUUCGCCUUCUGGAGAAUGGACCUUUUCGUUAGGGAUUGUAUGGUCGAUGUCGUUAUUUUGGUGGAACCAUAUGUCGGUCGUUUUUAUGUUUAAUACUUUAAUCAACUUUGGUUAUGUUC